AGCAAUGGGCACUGGAAACUGGAGCCACGUAACAGAAUUCAUCAUUUUGGGCUUCCCUCACUUCCAAGGUGUCCAGAUUUACCUGUUUUUCUUGCUGCUUUCCAUUUACCUCACUACUAUAUUGGGAAACUUGCUGAUAUUCUUGGUGGUCUACCUGGACUCUCGGCUCCACACGCCCAUGUACAGAUUUGUCAGCAUCCUUUCCUUCUUGGAGCUGGGCUACACAGCUGCCACCAUUCCCAAGAUGCUAGCAAACUUGCUGAGUGAGAAGAAGACAAUUUCCUUUUCUGGAUGUCUCCUACAGAUCUACUUCUUUCACUCUCUUGGAGCUACUGAGUGCUACCUCCUGACAGCAAUGGCAUAUGACAGGUACUUAGCCAUUUGCAGGCCUCUUCACUAUCCCACGCUAAUGACCCAGUCACUCUGUAUCAAGAUUGCCAUUGGUUGCUGGUUGGGAGGUUUGGCUGGGCCAGUGGUGGAAAUUUCCUUAGUGUCUCGUCUCCCUUUUUGUGGCCCCAAUCACAUUCAGCACAUUUUUUGUGAUUUCCCUCCUGUGCUGAGUUUGGCUUGUACUGACACAUCAGUCAAUGUCCUAGUAGAUUUUAUUAUUAACUCCUGUAAGAUCCUGGCCACCUUCCUGCUGAUCCUCAGCUCCUACUUGCAGAUAAUCCGCACAGUUCUCAAGAUUCCCUCUGCUGCAGGCAAGAAGAAGGCCUUCUCCACGUGUGCCUCCCAUCUCACUGUGGUUCUCAUCUUCUAUGGGAGCAUCCUUUUCAUGUAUGUGCGACUGAAGAAGAGUUACUCCCUUGACUACGACCGAGCCUUGGCAGUAGUCUACUCUGUGAUUACUCCCUUUCUCAACCCCUUCAUUUAUAGCUUGCGCAACAAGGAAAUCAAGGAGGCCCUGAAGAGGCAGCUUAUGAGAACAGGAAUACUGAGGUGA